AUGUACAAUGCUCACAGUAAUCUGAUUAAUACAAAGUUAGUUGGAAAGUACAGCAUAGUUCAACUAGCAGUCAAGGAAUCUUCCAGCGUUUGUUUCGGAACCAUGGAGUUCGAAAAAUCUGACCAGAUUAUCAAUCGUGAUGGCGGAUCAAAGGAGACCCCCCCUGACCACCUUCGUCCCCGAGACAAUGUUCUUGGUUGUGAUCCAAAUGGUGUUGUUGGUAGCAGCGGUACGUCUUCCUGCAACAUGAAGGCUUCUAAUCAAGAUCUUGAACAACCAAGUGGUGGUGUUGCUCCCGAAAGCGAGCUGGAGAUGCAGGAUAUCCCUCUUGGUGGUGUUGAUGCUGAGAAAGUUGACGAGAAGAGAAUGAAGAAACGCACGAAAACAGUUCCAAAGAUGCUUUUUCUUGCAUUGGUCGUUGCUCUUGGUGCAUUGGGCGUGUUCUUUCUUGGACAAGAAGGUGACCCUGUAUCUUCGGGGCCGGUAGUGAUCAAUGCUGACGCUGGCUCGUCGGGUGCAGUAGUGAUCACGAAUUCCUCCAUAACGGGACAGAAUAAGGACCAAGGCCGUGAUGCUGACAAUUCACGUGGGAAGGAAAGCCGUAUCAUUGGUGGGUAUGAAUCCUCUCAAGGAGACUAUCCGUACUAUGUUAAAGUGCUCGGGUGUGGGGGCACUUUGAUUGCUCCCAAUGUCGUCUUGACCGCAGCACAUUGUCCAUCUAAUAUUGGUCGCAAGGUCAGAGUUGGAGCCUACAAACGGUUCCACCACCCAGAUGAAAAUCCAAAUGCUAUUGAAGCGUUGGUCAUUGACGAAAUCGACCAUCCUACCUAUGGUUACCCGGAGCGGUCUUCCCACGAUCUCAAAUUGCUUCUCCUUGCCGAGGAUGUAGUAAUUCAAGGUUCCGCUGUGACCCUUACCCUAGAUGAUUCUCGAAAUGGUCCUUUCCCUGGCACACAGUUGACAGUGAUGGGUCUGGGUAGAACCGAAAAUACAGAUUUCCCAUUUACGUUGCGCGAAGUGGACCUUCCGGUUGUUGGACAGUUCAGAUGUGAUAACCUCUAUAAGGGUUUUGAUGAUUCCAGCCAUUUUUGCGCUGGUACAAAGACAGAGGCUGUAUGUAACGGUGACUCUGGCGGCCCAUUUGUGAGAAAGGAUUCAGAAAAUCGACACGUUCUCGUGGGCGCCGUAUCAGGGGGAGGGGAAAAGUGUAAACAUUACUCUAUAUUUGCCUCUGUGACCCAUGAGCUCUGGUGGAUCAGGAGUGUUGUGUGUGACCAGUCAUCAUGGAAUCCUAAGGCAAGCUUUUGUUCCACGACUGACGACGAUGAAAAAUUCCCAAGAGGAACUACCAAGUUAGUGAUCGAGCCGUUGGCCGGUGCUGGUUGCAGAGGAAGGCUUGAGCUGAGAUACGAUUACAAUAAAAGUGGCAAACAUUUUGGGUGCGAUGCCAUCACUGCUUCGAAUCAUAGUGCAUAUGAAAUGGUGGUCCGAACCGACGCAAAAUAUUUUGAGAUGUUCUAUAAUGGACACAGCGAUUCUUGUUGGAGGUCAAAGCGAGGCUUCUACAUCGAAGGGAAACUUGACGAUGACGUCCUCACUCCACCAGACAAGUGCAUCCAGCUGCGUCGAAAGUCAAAAAGUUUCUGGAAAUGUAAGAACAGGAAUUCAUAUCACUUCAAUGUCCGCGGCUACUACAAGGAUACCUCGGGAAAAGUCUCCAUUUUGGACAUCAAUAUCAAAGACAACGGUGUGCGAUCCUGCGACGGUCUCUAG